AUGAGCGGCAGGGAAUACAACACCAUCUACAGCCAACCGGCCAACACCGGCUCCGGCAUACACGAGAAUACCCAACUAGCUUCCGCCAUCGAUGCGCUCAAACACCACUCCAACCCGGUCCGUCUCGAAGAUUUCGCCCUCUCGCAAGGUCUACCCGCCUUGCUCAACCCGAACAGCGGGCUCUUCCUGCGCUUCAAGUCGCACGAUCGUGUCACAUACAAUGGCAAAACGGACCUGUGGAUGUACAAGCCGGACUACGAUCUUCGAACACCUGCGGAUCUGGUUGCACUGCUCAAGGAGCGGUUCAUGAACCCGGGUGGGAAUGGUGCGAGAAACUCGUCGGCGGCAGGGAUGAGGCUGGCUGAGCUGAGGGAAAGUUAUCCUGCUGCAAGGGAUGCGAUCGAGGAGCUGGCCAAGGUGGAACCGAAGGAGGAUAGAGAGGUGCUGGUGUUGAGAGGGCAGAAAGACGGUGCGAUCAAACAGGUGUUUUGGAACCCACUCAGAGGCAAGGAUGCCAAAGGCGUUGAUGACGAAUUCAAAGAGCUCUGGCACGAACUCAAAGUGCCCGACCUCGUCGACCUACCCAAAGAACUCGAACGAGAAGGUCUCUCCACCACAGACAUGCUCGACGCCCCCAUCUCGGCAGCACAGCUCGCUGCCAACGCCAAGAACAAGAAGAAGAAGAAGGGCGCAGGUGUUCGUCGUGUCAAGAUUCAAAAUACGCAUUUGGACGGCAUCGACCUGUCGCAAGACUUUAUCAAGCCGUCCUGA